AGUUGAGUUUAGUUUAAUUUGUUCGGCAAUUUCUUUUCCAAUUAGAGCUCAUUUGCUUCCACAACUUUACAGGGAGGAGGCAAUUGCUGCAGGCUUGUCUAGUUUGGGCUGUCUCUUUGACCAGUUUCUGUUCUAUUUUUUCUUUCAACUCUUUUGGAAUAUUCAUAUCCAGAUGGAUUUCAAAAGUAGAGCUUAGAAACAGAAGGUGCACUCACCAGUUACCUCAUUUGGAUUUAUUGGUUUAGGUUUUUGGAGAAUGUGUUGAAUUUGAGGAUAGUGAAACUAAUGUUUGAGAUGAAACAAAGUAAGAUGGUGGCUCUCCAGGAACAGAAUAUCGCGGAAAAGUUGGUGGUCAGCCUCGAUUAUGUUAGUGCCAGGGACAAAUUACUCAAAGCCCAAGAGCUUUUCCCCAAACUAGACAACAUUGAUUUGAUGUUAAUCGUCUGUGACAUACUAUGUGCUGCGAGCAUGAAGUUUCCUGGGAUCGGAGUCGACUGCUAUUGGGUUCUUCAGCUCCUUCCGUCUGCUAGUGCCUCUGAUGUAAAAGCGCGGUAUCACAAGCUUAUGAACAUGCUACAACCCAUCAAAAACAAGUUCCCUGGCACUGAAUUGGCUCUUAGAUUCAUACGGGAAGCAUACUUUGUGCUUUCAGAUCGAGGCAAUCGUUCUGCAUUUGACUUAUAUAGGCAAGCAAGUUGGACAGGAAUUGGGACAGCUUCCAAUCAGGGAACCUCGAAUAAGGAAUCUUUCCCUGCUGCACGAAUCUCUUCUGGAUCUAAUAUGGUUUCCACCAGUGAUAUUUCAAGAUCAAUGCUUUUGAAGAGCAUGAAGGGUAUGGAAUCUAAUACACUAACUAGCGGAAAGACAAAUCAGCAACAAGGAGAGGUUGAUCUGCAGAAAGGAACUGUUCCAGCUCAUAUGAACUUUAUUACCAGCAGAGUAAUAGAUAGACAUAAUGAAAGUUUAAGUUCUCCAUUGACAACGCAUUCUGUCAGUUCGUUGAGAAAUCUGUCGCGGCCUUCAAAAGAUGUUGAAAGAAAAGGGCCUAACUUUGUUUUUUAUGACUUUGAAAACAAUAGAAAGACUGAUGUCUUUGAAGUUGGCCAGAUUUGGGCUGCUCAAUAUCAAGCGGAUGUUCCUCAUUGCUAUGCCCAGAUUAAUAUCAACUUAAAGUCUGAAAUUAGUGUCACAUGGCUGAAGCCAAUUCCUGUUACUGCAGAUGAAAGGAGAUGGUGUGAGGCUGCCUUGCCUGUGGCCUGUGGCUCGUUUUAUCUUGAUCCAGAUAUGAGUGAAAAAAGAAUCACUGGCCUGUUUCAGUUGUCCCAUAUGUGCUCUUGGACUCAUGGUAUCACGGAGGAACAAUUUGAGAUCUACCCCAAGAAAGGCGAGGUUUGGGCAAUAUAUAAGGACUGGGACCUAGCUGAAUGGUCUUUAAACCCCAAAACAGCAGAAGGAUGUAAAUUUGAGAUGGUGGAACUCCUCACAGAUUAUUCGAAGUAUGUGGGUGCCUUUGUUGUGUGUUUGGAUAAGAUUGAGGGAUUCAGAAGUGCCUACCAGAGGUGCACAAACAGGGAUGACCAGUUCUUUUGUAUCACACCGGACAAUUUAUAUAUAUUUUCCCACAAAAUCCCAACAUUUAGGUUUAUGGGUGGAGAGAUGCAAGGGGUUGUCGCAGGUAUGCUUGAACUAGAUCCAUUGGCCUUGCCUGAUGACAUUGCCCAAGAUGAUGCCAACCGUGACCUCCUGAUUAAAGAAGGUCCUAGGAAUUUGUCUAGCUUCACCCACAAUCCCCAGUGCUUUCCAUCCAUGACAACAUAUCCAGAAAACCAGUGCCUGAAUUCCACUUGGUCACAAAAUGAUUUUCUCUCAGGUCAGAUAUGGGCUGUAUACAGUGGUACAGAUCUCAUGCCUCGGUGUUACACCCGAAUAAAUAGUGUGGUUUCUGUGAGCCAAGUAUGUGUUACAAUCUUGGAACCUGAACCAAUUCUUGACAACGAGAUUCACUGGCAUAAAGAAAAUCUACCAAUUGUGGCUGGGAUAUUUAAAGUUAGCAGAACAACUAUGAACAUAGAAAUGUCACAGUUCUCCCAUUUAGUCAGCUGCCAACAAAGCAUAAAUAAAACUUUGUACAUGAUCUACCCAAUGAAAGGUGAGUUUUGGGCAAUGUACAAAAACUAUAACAGCAAAUGGAAGCAGUCUGAUUAUAACGAUUACGAGUGUCAGAUUGUUGAAAUCCUUUCAGAUUUCUGUGAAGGAAGCUUCAUUUUAAUAGCCAAGUUGUUGGAGGUAAAGGGUUGCCUAACUUUCUUUCAAAGGCAACAUGUUGAUGGGUUUGAGUUGACUCGCACAGUUUCAAAAACAGAUAUGCUUGCUUUCUCUCACAGGAUUCCAGCUUUCAUUGUGCCUGGAGUUGGUCGAUACGGAAUUCCUGAAGGUUCUUGGCAUCUGGGAGCUGAUGCAUUGCCACCCAAACGUGGCACAUAAGGGUUGUUGAUCCCAAUUGGCACUAUACAGUCUCAGUUACAUUUUGAGAAAAGAGAAAAGGAAGAAAAAGUUGUGGUUUGUAGUUGGGAACAAUUGUAUCUAUGCUUACAAUGUAAUACUAUUUGUAAAUUGAAAGAAGAAAAGAAAUGAUAGGACUGUCUUUUGUGCUACUCCUGCAACAAAAUUGUUAUUCAUUUUUAUUUGCAAAUCUGAAUACUGUGGCCUUUGAAACUGUUCCCUCUCAUUUCAAUUAUUUGAUUCACACU